AUCAAGCAUUUGCUAUAUUUUUUUACCAAAACUGAGAAACAUAUAAUUAAACUUCCCAAAGCAGAAGAAGAGGGUGUGUUUGGUUAAUCUCCACGAGUCAGCUUAAGGAGCUGACACACUCAUACGUACGUGACAAACCACACUCAAAUACCCCUCUCCUUUUCAUUAUAAGAACCAAAAAACAGUGUUCAGGUUUCAGUGUUUCAUAGUUUUACAAAAAAACUUGGUAGUUGUUGGGUUGGUCUCUCAUCUCCUCACUACUGUCAUUAUGACUACUUCAAAGCGCCUAGCAGACAGGAAAAUUGCAAGGUUUGAGCGGAAUAUUAGCAAAAAAGGAUCAGAAAGCACUAAGAAAGGCUACCCUGUGGGCCCAAUUCUUCUUGGAUUCUUCAUCUUUGUUGUCGUUGGAUCUUCUCUGUUUCAGAUCAUUAGGACAGCUUCAAGUCGUGGGAUGUUCUAAGGCUGGAGGAAUAAUGUUUGUCAAAUGUUACAUAUGUUAUAUAUAUAACGAAUGUUAUAUGUAUAGCAAGUAGGUAUCUAGCAAACAUAAUAAUUCACUUUACAUCGGCUUUGGUUGAUAAAAAGUGAAAUUAGAACUUAGCUUUGCUAAUAGAGGAAUGUUUCAUUUUUAUGUGGUUUAUUUACAUGUUUACUGUAAUGUUCUAUGCUCAAUUCUCAAGUGGUCGAAGCCACAAAGCCAUAGGCAAUUGAGACUAGACUAGUUAAUUUC